GUCCAUAUACAUCAUCCGACCAAUUAUUAAUAUUCAUACAUACUCACGCAUUAUCCCACCCAACAACAUAUUCUCUGUGCCUCUAAACCCUCCCAAAGUUCUCGGAAACAUGGGGCGAGUGAGCUUGGUAUGGUCGAUCCUAUUAGUCCUAUGCUGCGCUGCCGCAGGAUCAACCUUCGAUGACUCAAACCCAAUCAGAUUGGUAUCUGACGACUUCGAGUCUCGGCUCAUCCAACUCAUCGGCCACACCCGCCAUGCUUUCUCCUUUGCCCGCUUUGCCCAUCGGUAUGGGAAAGAGUACGAGAGCGUGGAGGAGAUCAAGCUAAGGUUCCAGAUUUUCUCUGACAACCUCAAACUUAUCAGAUCCACUAACAGGAAGGCCUCAUCUUACAAACUCGCCGUUAAUCGCUUUGCUGAUUGGACUUGGGAAGAGUUCCAAAGGCACAGAUUGGGAGCUGCACAAAACUGCUCUGCCACUUUAAAGGGCAAUCACAAGCUUACUGAUGCUGCUCUUCCUGAACAGAAAGACUGGAGGGUAGAAGGCAUAGUCAGCCCAAUUAAAGAUCAAGGCCAUUGUGGAUCUUGCUGGACAUUCAGCACCACUGGGGCUCUUGAGGCAGCCUAUGCCCAGGCAUUUGGAAAGGCAAUCUCUCUCUCUGAGCAACAGCUUGUGGAUUGUGCCAGAGCCUUCAAUAACUUUGGCUGCAGUGGAGGGUUGCCUUCCCAGGCCUUUGAGUACAUCAAAUACAAUGGUGGCCUUGACACUGAGGAGGCAUAUCCUUACGUUGAAAAAGAUGGUGAAUGCAAAUUCUCAGCAGAAAAUGUUGGCGUCCAAGUCGUUGACUCUGUUAACAUCACCUUGGGUGCUGAAGAUGAGCUAAAGCAUGCAGUUGCAUUUGUUAGACCAGUGAGUGUGGCAUUUCAGGUAGUGAAUGGUUUCCGAUUUUAUAAGAAAGGAGUUUACACCAGUGAGACAUGUGGCAGCACUCCCAUGGAUGUGAACCAUGCUGUUCUAGCAGUUGGGUACGGAAUUGAAGAUGAUGUCCCAUAUUGGCUUAUCAAGAAUUCAUGGGGAGAAAGCUGGGGUGAUAAAGGCUACUUCAAGAUGGAGAUGGGGAAAAACAUGUGUGGUAUUGCAACUUGUGCAUCAUACCCAGUUGUUGCAUAGAUAGUCUCUGUUUCAGAAGAUAUGGUAGGCUCUUUUGGUGGUGGAUUAUGUUGUAUCAAGCAAGUAUUGUAUGAAUCUGUCUUCUUCUUGCAGUUGUACGCAUCUAAGGUUAAAGGGUUAUAUAUGGUGUAAUAAUUAAUGAUAAUGUAGACUUAUUGUAAAAAUAAGAUCCAAAAGAUUGUAACUUUCACAACAUGACCAUGUGUAUAUUCUUGAUGUAUGGGUGAUAUGUGAAAUCUGUUUCCAUUAUAUAAAAAGGAUAUCAACUAUUCAUUUUA